UAGUUGUUGAACUGUCGAGUUUCAUAAACAUAAACGAUCAACUCCUACGACGAAAUUACACAAUAAAACAGCAGUUUACGUACAGACUGUGGGUUAUCACCCAAAAAUAAUCGUUUAAUCGUUGAAAAUACUCAGUUAAAAUGUGGAAAUGGAUGAAAUCCUUUGGAGAGGCGUCCCUUGAUGCUCGAGAAAUCGUUACACCAACGCGUACUAUAUUCUAGUUGUAUUUUAUUUCGACAAACAUCUGAUUUUGCGUUGAUAGUUGAUGGUUUUUUAAAAGUUGAUUUGACGUUUCCGGAGAUUUUUAACAAAAUGUCUGACUACACUCGAGGGAUAUUGAGAGUUGUUGUAGCUCAGAUAUGCCAGACCAUCGGCUGGCACUCGAUAAACUCGACACCCCUGGAGUUCAUGGUUGAUCUCAUGCAGGAGUACUUCCUCAGGGUUUACAGAUUGUCUCAUCAGUAUUCAGAGAUUUUGGGAAGAACGGAGGUGAACCUGGAUGACCUUGGCCUGGCGUUCCAGCACAUGAGUAUCGACAUCGAGCAGCUCUCGGAGUACGUAAAAAACGUGGACUCAGUGCCCUGUGCAAUAUCAGUCCCAAAAUACCCGAUAACCCGUGAGAACCACCUGAACUUCCUGAAGCCAGGAAGUAGAGAAGUCGUCACCAGAUCAGUCCACAUCCACGAGCACCUCCCAGCGAUGCACCCAGACGACGAAACGACCUCCGACAAGGAGCCCGAGAUUCGUCCGGACUCCCCCCUGGACAGGCAGACGACAUCCCCAGGUUCUGAGCCCUCAGUCCUGACUCAGUCCCCAGAGAUAAUAUUCAAACGUCCUGGGGAGCCCCUGUCAGACAGUCCAGGGAUGGGCAAACGCCCGAGGAUGGACAACGAGAGCAGACCUCUCAGAGAAAUCCACAGUGUCAUGAUGACGACCUCAGGUUUUCUCUCGCCUGCACGCGAGGGAAAACUCCCUGAGCCCAGGACGCCAGUCCAGGCUCGAGCGGACUCUCCACCGCCUGCGACGUACCCCAUGGUCCCCCCCGAGCUAAAAUCCGAGAAGAAGAUCAAGAAAAUCGUUAAGAAGACACCUGAGGACAAGAAAUUGGACAAGGAGAAUAAAAAGAAGAACCGAAAGCAGGAGGAUUUGUUCAAAGCUGACAAGAUCACUGAGCCCAAGGUGAAGAAGCUGGCGGGGAUGAAGGAGACAGCUAAACUAAAACCCCUGAAACCUGGUGGGGUAAAGACAUUCUCACCGUCAACGAGUCCAACCCCAGUGCAUCCAGCACAGAAGGAGGAAUCACCGUCGAAAAUCUCGAAAAAUAGUGCACCCAAGGGCAAGGGAGACAAGACAUCUCCCCUGAAUCCACCUGACAAGAAGGAGGAGAAUGUUGAUAAAUUGCCUUCAGAGCAUGACAAGCAGAAGCUCAAUAUUUUUAAGAAGAUAUCGAAGCCUCGGGACGACAAAGAUGUUGUCGAUCAUCACAAGCACAAGGAGGUGGAGUUCAGGGAUAACUCGCCGGGGCUGAUCAUUGAUGAAGUUGGGGAUAAGCAUCGGGAGGUCGAGCCCAGGAGGGAGGAGAAGAAGGUCCCUCAUACGCCUGAUGCUCAUGCUCAUGGGGACAGUGAUAUCAUGGAUCUGAGGAGUCCCAAUAAUGAUGUUUAUAUGUUUGACGAUAUGUCACCGCCGGGGACGCCCAGCACUCCCAAGACACCUGAGCUGAAUGUCCCUGGGCCACCUGUGGAGACUAAGAAAAAGAGGAAAGAGAAGGGUAGUAAGAAAAAAGAUAACUUGAAGAGCCCUGGGUUUAAAGAAAGUCCGCAAAAGAGCAAAGUGGUGCAUGAUAUGACCGAGGAGGUCCUGGGGAGGCCGAAAACCCCAGAGGCACUGGAGACCUGUCUUUCAAAGGACAGGACAAUACCACCGAGUUUUCCGUACUUUCCGCCGUUCCCUGCGGCCCCUGGGCUCAUUCCCACAGGCCCACUUAUUCCACCAGGACCAGGACUGAUACCCCAUGGGCUACCACCCAUGUUCACGAGAUUUCCACUUCCACUGGGACGAGGUAUGCCCACUGCACCACCAAUUCUCCAGCACUUGCCCUUGCCACGACCACCAUUCUUACCACCUGCCAACAUGAAAAUCAUUCCACCGAGGUAUGAUUUGUUUCCUGCUCCAGGACCGAGUCAUCCACCAGUGCCAGUGCCAGUGCCAUUGAAGGUGGAGAAAGUGGAGAAACCUGAGAAAGUUGAGAAGAAACCGAAAAAACACAAAAUUGAUAAGAAAGACAAGAUAAAAAAGAAAAAAGACAAGAAAGAAAAGCACAAAGAGAAACUGGAGAAGAAUAAAGAGAAGAAGGAAAAACUGGAGAAAAUCAGGGAGAAGAAAGAGAAGAAAGACAAACGAAAGGAGAAAGAGGAGAAGGAGAAGGAAAAGGAGAAAGAGAAAGAGAAGGAGAGUGAGAGUGUUCCCAAGAUCACCCUCAAGCUCGGUAAAUCCUCGCCGAGGCCACCCACCCCUGAUAAUCCAUCGACGAAGAAAAUAACAAUUAAACCACUCGUGAAAAAGCCCGAAGACGUUGUCAAAAGGGAAUCUAGUCCAGAAUUAGCAAAAAUUUCGGCGUUAGUGACGAGACCUCCAAAACCAAAAAUUCCAAAAGUAAAAGCAGAUAAAAAAGAAGAAAUAAAAGAACAUGUACCUGUAGUACUACCAGAUCGUCCAGUUGCAACAAUAGUUGAUAACACAGGCCACCAAGUGUGGAUUUGUCCAGCCUGUGGGAACCAGGACGAUGGAACCCCCAUGAUUGGAUGUGACGAUUGCGAUGCCUGGUAUCACUGGGUUUGUGUUGGAAUGCAAGUUCCCCCAGCCGACGAGGAGAACUGGUACUGUCGAAUAUGUUUAACAAAAAAACAGGAACUCCAUCACGACAAGAAGAAAAAUAAGAGAAAGAAGAAAGUUAAAAUAUCAGUGUAAAUUUCAUUAUUAUUAUUAUAAAUACAUUUUUCACGAGUA